AUGCCGGAUCGUGUGAUAGCAAUGCGUGAUGAUGACAAUCGACGGAUCAUGGCGCAAUAUCAGAACCCAGGUCUUAGCAUCCAACAAUGGUUAGCUAAUUUCCUGUACAUAUUCUCUCGGACGGAAAUUUGGUACCUUAAAUUUGCGAGAGAAACAUGUAAAUUUGAUAUGAGUUCUCUGAUGGAAACAAUUGGAACGGCUACAGUGAAUGCGUUCUAUUUUUAUGAUGAAUGUGGUAUAGAGUGCGUACGGAUGGCGUUGAGACAAUUUCCUGACACAAAAAUCGUGUUCGUCUACAGUCGAAAUUUGGACGACCCCAGCCGUUACAAGGAUAUUUUGAUUCAAAAUUUGGAUGGGUUGAUUCUGGGAUGCCGUAGUGCGUUGACGCGUAUAGAACACGACGACAUUUUAAUUAUUAAUAGUAAGGAAAUCGUCGUUGGUUCAGGGAUUAUAACUGAUAAAAUUAUCAACCGGUUUUUGAAACAUUGGAAGGAAGGAUCGAAUCCGAGAAUGGAACGGGCAAUAUUUCUUAUUCUUGAUCGUCAGCAUCAUUAUAGAAAUGCUAUUUUUAAAGGAUUGAAUUUUCACGAAGCACCGUUUGAUCAAACCCGACAUUUCACACAUUUCAGUGGAGAAAUAUUAGAGGUUGUGGGUGGUUAUGAUAUCCGUCGUGUGGACGGAAGUGUUCUGACAGUCAUAUUUGAACAAGGUAAUAAUGAUGUAUUUGGGCUUACUUUUUAUGUAUGGGGUUGA